CGCUUCUGAUGUUAUAAUAAAGACCUGCGGAAAGGCCGCGUUCAAGGAUUAUGUUGUGCUAGGUGGGAGGAGUGUUCUUCAUCAGUGACUUCAACUGUUUCAAGCAUUUUUAUGUGCUCAGGAAUUAAGGUGGAUGAAAUGUUUCAUUGAUCAUAGCAGGAGCAGGACAUAUAAGGUGGUGUUUUUUUGCAUGCUAAUCCUGCAGAGAAACAUUGUGUCCAACAAAGUAUGCUGGGUCAGCAAAAGCAAGAAACUUGUGCUGCAAAGACAGUAUCCACAGACAAACAGAAAUCCUCUACGGAUCUAAUACAAAGUUUUCAGAAGAAAAGUCAGUUUAGGACCAUUGCUCCAAAAAUGGUACCAAAAAUUUUAACAUCUGGAGUUGUUUCUUGCCAUCAGUCAUCUUUGCCUGAGCCAGUGACACCAAUUUCAGCUUCAGGUUCUAAGCCCCUGGUGGUGCCAGCUCAGAACUAUGCUGUCAUGCAGGUGGCUGCUCACAAGGGCACAUUUUCCCUGUUGGCUGUGCCGUGUGUUGCACCUGCUCUAACACAGCAAGUUCAGCAGUCGACUGUGGCCCCCUCUGAAAACCUAAAGCUGCCCAUCCCCAGGUACCAAUCUGUAAGAAAUAAAUUGCUGAGUGACAAAAAACCAGCACAAAUCUCUGGUUUUGUGUGGAAUGCAUGUAACAAGAUUCCUACCAAAACGCUGAUCUCGUCACAGACUUCCCUCAUGACUGCUCUGCCUGAAGACUGUCCUGAAGCUCAGUCUAGCUCAGAUUCAGCUGAGCAAGGGGUGAUAACAGACUGUGACUCAGCUGAAAUUGGAGUUGCCACAUUAGUAAAUAAAAACAAUCAUGUGGAGUCUAGAUCUCUUUUAAUGAAGAAAACUGAAAUUGAAAGCAAUAAUGUUUCCAGACCAACUGUAGUUGAAGACUCUCUAUCCAAGCCAGCAAGUACAACUAAUCCCAUGAAACUAAGUCUACACUCUGUGAAGACAGCAUCAGAAACCACAAGAGAGCCACUCCUGAAAUCUGAUAAACUAAAGGAAAAACCCACAAAUUCUGCAGAUCCUUUUGCUGUCUUGUCACCAGCAGUUUUUGGCAGUACAAUUCAGAUGACUUCUUCAGCACCAAAAGGAAAACUUCCUAUUUUGCCUUACUCGAGAAUGAAAAAUUCAGUGUUCUGUAGAUCUAAGCAGAAUACUAAAGUUACGGGCAUACCUGGUCAUUCACUAAAAUCUGAAUGUGAAAAGAUACCAUCUUUGAUGAAAGCCAAAGCCUUUGAUAAUCAAUUAGGUGUAUCAUUUACACAAGUCACCAAACAAACCAUUCAGGAAAAUACCUCCUCUCCAUCCAGCAAAGUGGAUGAUGUUGACAGCCUUAAAAAAUUGAACAGUGCAACCUCUAAAAGAAGAGGCAGGAAAAAAAGAGCCCCAGAAGAUUUAUUGGCUUUUCAGGCCAAACAAAGGAAAUGCAUCAUUAAUAAGUUUAGAGAAGAAAGAGAAAGGGCAAAGAUUGAUAUUCAGACACCUGAAGACAAUAAAGCAGAAGCAGUGAAAAAAUACCGCAGUAUCAGACCAAAACCAGUGGUGGUUGUGCAGGCGUUCGCACCGCUGGCUCCUGCAGCCAUCGUAGAGAUGCCGUCUCAUGAGCAAGACUUGUUUUUAAAUGGUUCACUGGCCAAUAAAUGUUUAAGUUCCAGGCACAGUGAUGCUACAUCAGCUAAAUCAAGUGAUCUAAGUAGAAAUAUACGUUCAGCUGUCCCUAAGCCUCUGCACAGAUGUCAUGUUUGUAACCAUACGUUCCAGUUCAAGCACCAUCUCCAGGACCACAUGAACACUCACACACGCAAGCGGCCCUACAGCUGCAGGAUCUGCAGGAAGGCAUAUAUCUAUUCUGGGAGACUGAGCACCCAUAUGAAGCUUCAUCACAAUGAAGGCAAACCCAAAAAGCUGGUGUGCUGUGAAUUCUGUGCUAAAGUUUUUGGCCAUGCAAAAGUGUACUUUGGCCACCUCAGAGAAGUCCACAGGGUUGUUAUCAGCACAGAGCCCUCCACUAGUGAGCAACAGGUGCAAGAUACUUUAAAGAAUAGAGACAGGAAUAUAAAAGAGGCAGAAGAAGCUACAGAGAGGGGAAAUAACUGCAAUUUUGAGGACCUAUUCCAUAACCCGGGAGGAGUGAAAUUACAGGUCAAAUGUGGUCGAUGCCAGUUUAUUGCAGAGUCUUUCGGUGAAAUGAAGUUUCACUUAUUGUGCUGUCAUGGAGAAGAGAUUCAGGGAAGAGUGAAGGAAGGGGUUUUGCAAGGAAGCAGAGGAACAAAGGGAGGACUGGUCAAACAUACAACCCACGUGUGGAAACAGCACGAUGAGAGAAGACGUUUAGCAAAGUGCAGUGCCCAUCAGGAGGAGCUGUAUACUGUUCCAAAACCAAAUAGACAGAUACCCUUGCACCAUCACAAUAAUGUCAAUAUUCUACCUAAAAGUGAACUGACUCAGUCAGAAAAUAGUGAAGCCUCCAAGGAGAUGAAAAAUGUGGGGUUUGGUACACCAAGGAAAAAAAUAGAAUUUUGGUCUAAAGCAGGCUAUAACUGCAUUUUAUGCGAACAGUUAUUUGGAAGAAAAGAGGAUCUUUUUAAUCAUUGGCAGAGCCAUCAUAAUUGUGAAGACCCUUCCACUUUAUGGACAGUUUUUACUUUCGUAUCAAAACAAAGAAUUAUUGAACUUUCUGAUAAUGGAACAAUAAUGCAGGCAAGUCUAAGAAAUCACCACAUCACUCUCCAGCAGAAGUCAGAGCACGUCAGAGGGCAAGCUGAAAAAUAUACCAGAACUGUCCCUGCAGUACUACUGUAUUUAUUCCUUUUUGUGGUCAGCUGUAAUUGAGGGAUUGCAGUGAUAAAAGAGUCAUUCCUAAAAUGGUCUGUGUUGUCUCUAACUGUUCUUCAAAAAUUAUGGUGGUGAAAACAUGAGAAGAGAUGUAAAAAUGUUGGGCUUUCUGAGUGGGA